AUGUUCAGUGAAUCCUAUGAGCGAAGAUUGCUGCAACAAUGCAGUCCUCUAGCCAGAAAGCCGUCAGUGUUGGUCCGACCUGAGCCCAUGGACAGAUUUAUACCCUGCAGGUUGGAUAAGAACUGGGAGACAAGUUUUCAAGCCAUACGCCGAGGCACAGAGAACCAGCCGUCGAAAAAGCCGCGCAGCGACGGCACCGGCAAUGAAAAUGCGAGUACAGGCAGAGAUCACCUCGCCUACAGCUGCCUGCUACGGAAUGAGCUGCUGGGUGCACAGAUCGAGGAGCUUCGCGGCCCCCCGACACCGUGCUCCGAGGGUAACAGAGCGGCCCUGGGUGCGGUUCAACUGGCAUCGGCUGCGAAGGCCGCUGCCGCCUUCUCGCCUCCAGUGUUCCGGUUUAGAGCACCCACGUAUAGCGCUGAGGAGAACAUAGACCCGUCACCCUUCAGCUUAUCACCGGUGUCUGCGAAAUCACAGAAGCUAUUGAGAUCCCCACGAAAAGCCACAAGGAAAAUAUCACGGAUACCAUUCAAGGUCCUGGAUGCCCCAGACCUCCAGGACGACUUCUACCUAAAUUUGGUGGACUGGUCAGCUCAGAACGUGCUCAGUGUGGGUUUGGGUAGCUGCGUAUACCUUUGGAGCGCUUGCACAAGUCAAGUGACUCGAUUAUGUGAUCUAUCUUCGGAAGGUAACACGGUGACUUCGGUGGCUUGGAGCGAACGAGGACAUUUGGUAGCAGUCGGUACACAAAAGGGUCAUAUCAGCGUUUGGGAUGUGGCAGUCAAUAAAGAGGUCUCAAAGCUCCAGGGUCACGUCGCUCGAGUGGGCGCUUUAGCCUGGAACGGAGAUAUGCUAAGUUCCGGCUCCCGUGACCGUCACAUCAGACAGAGAGACACCAGGACACCACCGACACAAGCCUCCCGUGUGCUACAAGGGCAUAGACAAGAGGUGUGCGGUUUGAAAUGGUCACCGGACGGACAGUCCCUCGCCUCGGGCGGCAACGACAAUAAGCUGUUUGUAUGGUCUAUGCAUUCGACGUCCCCAGUGCAGACGUACGCAGCGCACGUGGCAGCUGUCAAGGCGAUCGCGUGGUCCCCCCACCAGCACGGGCUGCUGGCCUCCGGAGGGGGGACGGCUGAUAGAUGCAUCCGCUUCUGGAAUACUCUUACCUCGCAGCCGAUGCAGUGUGUCGAUACUGGGUCUCAAGUGUGCAACCUGGCGUGGUCCAAACACUCGAGCGAGCUGGUUUCCACUCACGGUUACUCCCAGAAUCAGAUACUCGUGUGGAAAUAUCCUUCGCUUACGCAGGUCGCCAAACUUACCGGUCAUUCAUACAGGGUGCUCUAUUUAGCGUUGUCACCGGACGGUGAAGCGAUUGUCACUGGGGCCGGCGAUGAAACGUUGCGUUUUUGGAACGUAUUCUCCAAAACACCGUCGCACAAGGAAAACAAGAGCGUCCUCAACCUCUACACGGCGCUCAGAUAA